CAAACCUCACUAAGAGUAGAAACACUUCGCCAUGGCCAAGCCCAUAUCCUUCUUCUUCCUCCUUGUCUCUUCCCUAACCCUAACCCUAACCCUAAUCCCGACCAAGGGAGAAGCCCUCGAUCAAGGCUUCUUGGGGAACAAGAAAGAAAAGCUCACACACUUCAGAGCAUACUGGCACGACAUCGUGAACGGACAAGACCCAAGUUCUGUCCUAAUCAUGAACCCCCCAAAGAACUACUCUUCCACCGGCUUCGGCCUCGUCCGGAUGAUCGAUAAUCCGUUAACGUUAGGACCGAAACUGAGCUCCAAGAUGGUGGGAAGAGCGCAGGGGUUGUACGCCGCUUCUUCUAAGGAGGAAGUUGGAUUGCUAAUGGCGAUGAACUUCGCGUUUUUCGACGGGAAAUACAACGGCAGCACGAUAACGGUGUUCGGGCGAAACCCCGUUUUCGAGAAGGUGAGAGAGAUGCCGGUGAUCGGAGGAAGUGGGCUCUUCCGUUUCGCCAGAGGUUAUGUUCAGGCAAGAACUCAUGAGUUUGAUACCAAGACAGGGAAUGCGGUCGUGGAGUAUAAUUGCUAUGUUUUGCAUUAUUGAAUAUUUUAUUUAAUAUAUA